AUGGAGACUUGUCUGAUGCUGAAGCUGCUGCUGCUGCCGCCUGCAGUGUCUCAUGUGUUGUCAACUCCAGAGCCACUUCAACACCCACUUCUGCCCCCGACUGGAGUACCAUCAGGAGCCUCCAUCGUGCCUGAAAUAAAGAGACUGGCGGCCAACCGCAGCCUGGGGAGGGGUUUCCCAACAAGCACACUGGCCUCCAGUUUCAUUGGAGCUGGCAGGUGGGAGAUUGAGCAGGUGGUCAAGGAGGCCAAAAAGAACUCUGAGCCCAAGACCAGGCUUCCUGACCGCCUAUUCGUACCAGACUCUGGUCAAGUCUUACGGAAGUCUGCUCUCCAACAAGCUGAUCUGCUAGGCCCCUCGCCGAUUCCCAGCCCCUCCUGGUCUCACAUCGCCACGGACUUCGUUACUGGCUUGCCCCCCUCAGAAGGAGCAGGCGGUGGCAGUUCCCUCCAUACAAGAUCAGCUCCAGAUAAUCCAGGCGGUUUGGAGGGAUGUCCUGGGAGCGCAGAUCCGGUCUGCGGCUCACAACAAGCAGCUCGCAGACGCCUAUCGUUCCCCAAGACCCGACUACAAGGAUGCACUUUCCACAUCUUCUUGAACUCUCCUACGCCCUCCCAGAUUAUUGACGACCAUCCAGCCUUCAUGAUGUCACGAAUCCUCGACGAAAGGCAUAGGGGGAGGGGCUUCCAGUAUCUGGUCGACAGGGAAAGCACAACCGGGGGAGCCCACCAGGAUGCGAGGAGGCAUCUGUUGAUGGGGUGUGGGGGUACUGUCAUGUACUGCCCUGGAGUUCUUUCCUUGAUUCCUGACUCGUUAUUCCUGCCACCAAGCCAGCCGCCAGUUCUGUCCAGCGCCUGCCACCUAUGUAUGCCGCUACCUACCAACCUGUCCAGAACUACUUCCGUAACCUUUUAA